AUGGAACUCGAACAAAAGUGUCCCGACCCCAGCAAGCACCACGAAAUUCUCGAAACGAUAAAUCGAUCAGAAGAUUUCGGAAUAAAUUGGAAAAAUAGUAAUGAAAGAUUUAGUGAUAAUCUCAACGUUUUAAAAACCUGGGCACCCAAAACUGAAAGGACCAAAAAACCUGAACCCGAAUAUGAGAUUAUUUGCUCCCUAACAAUGGAUAAUGAAACAAGUGAAGAUUGUAAAAGUGAAAUUGAAAAGGAUUUUAAAAAUGGUACCUAA